ACUCCUGUCUCUUGACAGUGCUCAGUCCAAUGGAGCUUCGUUGCAGCCCGCAGGAGACAAUUGGAUGAUAAUUACCGUCAAAAUAACAGAAGAUCUUGUUUGUUUUGACUUAACUCCCCACGCCUCCCCACAACAACCCUCACCGGUGGGUUUCUCUGCGCUGGUCCAUCCCUGUCACUAGCCGGCGUCGCGGCCUUGUUUAUACCGAGAAGGGAAGCUCGAAUCGGGGAGCAAGGCCCAGAGUUUGAACCGCUGCUUCUCGUCUGGAGCGUGUUCUGUCUGGAUCGACGCUUUAUCUCGCCAAAGAAAUGACCCAGAAGCAACAAUGACGUCCAGAUUUGGUAAAACCUAUAGCCGAAAAGGAGGCGAGGGCACAUCCAAGUUCGACGAAGUCCUGUCCUCAAAGAGGGGCACCCUCAGUACUAAAUGGGGAGCCACCACAUACAAAGCCAAGGUGGGCUCUAAGAGGGCUGGAACACCCAAAAAUGACUCGCUCCUGGAGGUUUGCAAAAGACCACAACACUGCGACGAUGGAGCAGAUGACCCUUUUGGCUUCGACAGUGACGAGGAAUCAAAGCCUGUGUCUUCACGCGCCAAGUCCUCUGCAGUCAAGCCGGCAGAGCCUCCACAGGCGGAGAGGCCGACUGUGUCUGUAGACACAGGGAGUAAGUCCAACCUUCAGGGAGGAUUCAGCAACCCAGGUUCUAGAGAGGGACCAUCGUGGUUGGACAGCGGCCGUAAGCAGUCUUGGCUUCUUGAAGACACCAGUCGAUUCUUCACCAGUAGUUCUGCUCACACAGGCCCGACUCAGAGUUCCUCUGCAUUCUCUCAGAACCAACACAGCUACUCUUGGUACCAGAAUGCCUCUGAAAGCGACAAAAAGCCAUUGGCCCAGACCACUACCCUGAAGACUGGGCCCAAAGCAGAGUCCACCUAUGACUCCUGGGAUGCUAUUAUGGCUUUCCGUUCACCCUCUCCUGACCAGGAACCCCGCAACCCAGCCCCCACUCUCUCCUGGGUUUCAGCUAGUGUUGGAUCUAGCAGCUGGGACCGGGUAGCAACUCAAAUUCAGAAGUCCCCCUCUCCUUCACUGCUGCACACCCCUAUUGAGAAUAAGGACUUUAAUAAUGACCUAGACUAUAUGGAGACAUCUGAGUCUACUCAGACAUCUUCUUCCACCUCACUUGUAAGGAAUUCUAACUGCCGGACUUACCGGAGGCCCAACAAGCAGAACAAGACUUCAGACUCUUGCGGCCUCUCCAGUUCAGCCAACAGCGCAGACAUGUUUGGCUCGGGCAAUAAUAACACAACAGAGGGAAGAACCAGGGACUGUACUGUUCUACAUCCGUCUUCGAUGUCCAUGUUCAACGUCACCAUUCAGGGUCGGAGCUCGACAGAAUUCCCCAAUGAGAGUGCGCCCUCCAGUGUCAGCACUGCAAGUUCUGGUAGUUCUACGGAGUCAAGUUGGCAGAGGAAGAAGGCGGACCAACAGAACGAGAAUCAAAGGUCCUGUGAGAGCCAGUCAAGGAAGACUAGUAAACUCGACCUGUUUGGGUUUGAAGAGUCAGACUCAUGUAGCAACACAGAGGGGAACUCUGACUGGCCCUCCACCUAUAAGAACAAAUAUUUUGGUUUUGACGACACGAACCAUGAUGAUACUGCAGUCGGCGACCAGCUGAAGGACGGGCGCUGCAAACAGAGGAGGAAGGACAGGAUGGCGGCCGCCGCCAAGGAAUUGCUAGCUGAAGACACUGACCAGCCAGUUGAUUGCUUCCAGAGACUGCAGGACUCAGACCCGCCCAGACCGAAGGAGACUAAGAACUCUGUGGCGAGACAAGAGACGACAGCAGAUGUAGUGGACUUCUCAGAAGAGGGUCUCAAGGUUUUGGCUGGGUGCACCGCAAGGCCGCCCACGAGCAAGCCAGUUGAGAAGAAUCCUGACACAUUCAGGAGGAUCUUCAGUGCCCAUAAGAAGUCUCCCACAAAAGCUGUGUACAAUGCCAGACACUGGACGCUCGUCGCUGAAGAGGAGACGCCAACACCGCUUUCCUCUGGGUCUCAGACGAUUACGGAUCCGGCGUCGGCCGGGGGGUCUACUGAAGAGCCUGUCGACCAAAACAAGGAUGAUGGAGUUUUUAAGGCGCCUCCCCCUCCACCUCAAAUCCCCAAGGUUGACAGUGCCCCCAUUCUCAAGUGCCCCAAAAAACGAAAAGAGCUGUACACCGUAGUUCGACAAGUGAAGGACUUCAACGAUGUUGUGGAGAUCGGCGAGAACCAGGAGUUCACUGACGACUUUGAGUAUCUGGCUACUGGUCUGAAGAGUGGUCAGCCAUUGAAUACUCGCUGCUUGAGUGUUAUCAGUCUGGCCACUCGGUGUGCCAUGCCCAGCUUCAGAAUGCACCUCCGUGCCCGAGGGAAGGUGGCGCAAGUCUUUAAAACGCUCAACGAUGCACCUCAGCAUCCGAACCUGGCAAUGUGCACUGCCUCCCUCAUGUACAUCCUAAGCCGGGAUAGGUUGAAUAUGGAUCUGGACCGGUCCUGUCUGGAUUUAAUGAUCCGCUUACUGGAGCUGGACUUGGACCAGAGCAGCGGAGCGGUGACAGACUCGGCCUCUCAGCUGAGUGCACGGGAGAUUGCUAAGAUGAAGGAGAAGAUCCGGAAGCUCUGCGACACUGUGCACAACAAGCACUUGGACCUGCAGAACAUCACGACGGGUCACUUAGCCAUGGAGACGUUAUUGUCUCUGACCUCCAAACGAGCAGGAGACUGGUUUAAAGAAGAACUACGACUACUAGGAGGACUGGACCACAUUGUUGACAAAGUGAAAGAGUGUGUGGACAACCUGGAGAGGGCAGACAGUGAAGAGAAGCUGGUGUCGUCCUUGUGGGGGGCUGAGAGAUGCCUGAGAGUUCUGGAGAGUGUGACAGUCCACAACCCGGAGAAUCAGAGCUACUUGAUUGCCUACAAGGACUCUUCACUCAUUGUGUCGUGUGCCAAAGCACUGAAGGUGUGUGAGGAGAUGAUCCAACAUUACAGCACACAGAAGAACCCCGAUCGAGCUGUGGUGGGUAAAGCGUUGGAGAACAGCAUGAGGGCCAUCAUUAUGGUCCUGGUCAACCUGACGCACGACAACGAGUGGGGCAGCACCAAGACCGGCGAGCAGCCCGACAUGAUCUUCACAGCCCUCCAGUGUGUUUUCAGAGUCCCCCAGUACUUUCCUCCGGAGAAGAGGUUUGACAUCCGCAUCCUGGGUCUGGGUCUGCUGAUCAAUCUGGUGGAGUACAGUGCCAGGAACAAGUAUUGUUUGAUGGAGAUGGAGAUGGAGGAAGGUCAAGGUCCUUGUGACUCCACCAUCCUGCCCAACCCACAGAACCAUGACACGAUCAGAACCGGCCCGCUCUGCGCUAUUGCAGCCCUUGUACAGUUGUUCGUCCAACGGGAGCGAGCCGCCGUCCUUGCAGAGGCGCAGACUGAUGACCUCAUUAAGGAGCCGCCGAAACCUGCCUUAGACCAGAGCGGUGAGUGGCAGGAGACAGGGGGCGAGAUCCAGUGGGUGGCCAAGGACGUCUCCGAGAAACAGGAGGAGUCCAAGAAGAACGAGAAGGAAGAGGAGCACGAGGAGCUGGACCUGAACAAAGCUCUGCAGCACGCAGGGAAGCACAUGGAGGACAGCAUGGUGGCAUCCUACACGGCACUGCUGCUGGGCAGCCUCUGCCAGGGAAGCCCGGGGAUCGUGGAGACUGUCAGGGACAACCUGCCGGAUGGAGAUUUCUCCGUCAUGACGGAGAUGCUCAAGAAGUUCCUCAAUUUCAUGAACCUGACGUGUGAUAUUGGCUCAGCUGGGCAGAAGUCCAUCUCACGGGUCAUCGACUACCUGGAGCACUGCUAGAGCCCACACACACACACACACACACUCUUUAAAUCACUUGUAUUACUUUGUCCGCAGAAACUAAAUUAAUUUAUUGAGAAGUUAAACCAACAACCUAUAAAUAAGAUAUGGCAGUUUCGGUUUCUUCCUUGCGCUGACGUUAGGCAACGCACGCACACUCACUCACCUGGUCAAAGUUUACAGCUUUAUCCAACAUGGUUAGAGUGAUGGGUUGAAUUUUUGUACAGAGUUGUAUAUGAAUUUGGAGCUGAUCUUGGGGAGGGAGCAGCAGAGGACAGAGUGUUCUUUGGGUGGGAUCAGUGGGGUUCUGUUGACUCUUAGACACGUAAGCUUUUCUGAAUCUAUUUUUCAUUUUGUAAGUGGCCCGGAGUUCGUUGGACUGAAUCUGGUGAUCCUGCAGAGAAACUUUGUACGUUUAUGUCUUUGUUACUUGUAAAUACUUUUAAGAUAAUAAAAAUUGAUACUUUGACUAAAUAUUUCACCUCAUUCUUACUUGCUGUCCAACGUGCUACAGCGAUGCAGAAACAAAUUCAUGUCUUGGCCAGUAGUCUCCUACAACCCGCGUAAAGGUGUCAAAUUUG